UUGCGCGUAUCCAAAGCAGCUCCCACCUGCGCCUAGUUCCAGAAGACGCAAUUAUUGCUGCAGCACUAGCACACACAUCAAGCCCUUUCAACAAAGUCAUGGCCACAUCUUCUGCAUCAUCAGCUGCCCAGGAUGCGCAAUGGCGAGCAGAAGUAGCAGCGCGGGUCGAAAAGGAUGGACGGCCGCAGACUGAGGAUGUGACAGCCACCAAGGGCAACGAUUUCGAAGACUAUUUCCUGAAGCGACCUCUGCUCAUGGGCAUCUUCGAGGCUGGCUUCGAACGGCCAUCUCCGAUUCAAGAAGAAGCGAUUCCCAUCGCUUUGACUGGUCGUGAUAUCUUGGCAAGGGCAAAGAAUGGAACGGGCAAGACGGCGGCUUACGUCAUUCCCUCUCUAGAAAGGCUCAAACCCGAAAAGAGUGCGAUCCAAGCGGUCUUGCUCGUCCCUACCCGAGAGUUAGCCCUGCAGACUAGUCAGGUCGUCAAGACUUUGGGCAAGCAUAUGGGCAUUCAGGUCAUGGUCACCACCGGAGGAACCACUCUGAGAGACGACAUCCUGCGUCUCUCUCAGACCGUACACAUCCUGGUUGGAACUCCUGGGAGGAUCUUGGAUCUUGCGAGCAAAGGCAUCGCUGAUUUGACCCAAUGCUCGACUUUCGUGAUGGACGAGGCCGACAAGCUGCUGUCACCCGAAUUCACGCCUGUCAUGGAGCAAUUGCUUGGCUUGUUGCCCCGCGAGAGGCAAGUCAUGCUGUUUAGCGCUACCUUUCCACUCAUCGUCAAGGACUUUAAAGACAAGCACAUGGUCAAGCCGUACGAGAUCAACCUCAUGGACGAGCUCACGCUACGAGGUGUGACACAGUACUAUGCAUUCGUAGAAGAACGUCAAAAGGUGCACUGUCUCAACACGCUCUUCUCGAGAUUACAAAUCAAUCAGUCCAUCAUCUUCUGCAACUCGACCAACCGCGUCGAGUUGCUGGCAAAGAAGAUUACUGAACUGGGUUACAGCUGCUUCUAUUCUCAUGCAAAAAUGCUUCAAGCGCACAGAAAUCGGGUGUUCCACGAUUUCAGAAACGGAGCUUGCAGGAACCUGGUCUGCUCGGAUCUCCUCACUCGAGGUAUCGAUAUUCAAGCCGUCAACGUGGUCAUCAAUUUCGACUUUCCCAAGAACGCAGAGACGUAUUUGCAUCGCAUUGGUCGUAGCGGUCGUUUUGGUCACCUGGGUCUAGCCAUCAACCUGAUCACCUAUGAAGAUCGCUUCAAUCUGUAUCGUAUCGAGCAAGAAUUGGGAACAGAGAUCGCUCCCAUCCCACCCACCAUCGACAAACGCCUUUACGUUGCUCCUUCGCUCAUCACUGAAGAUGACGGAAAGAAUGCUAACGGGGCCAAGGCCCACCAAAACGGAGCGCCCGUCAUCCCUCCUACGCAGAGGGCAAUGCACCAGGCCAUCAUUCCCCAGAGUCAAGACUUCACUCAGAGCUCGGGAGGUAGGAGAGGCGGAGGCGGCGGCGGUCACGCGAGCGCUAGUGCAGCUGCAGGUGCUGCGCCUUCGCAGCCAGCAGCAUGAGCGGACGGGUCGAUUGCUGCGUCUGCCCAAGGUCUAUGUACUCCAACUCUUCCGCCAAUCGCCUUCUCCGCUCUUUCCCACCUCCUCCUCAUGCA